AUGACGCCGGAAGAGGAGCGCCAGGCAGCCCUGAACUCGUACCGGGCCAAGCUCAUCGAGUCCCGCGAGUGGGAAGCCAAGCUCAAGAAUCUACGCCUUGAGAUCAAGGGACUACAGAAGGAUUUUGACCGCACAGAGGAGAACAUCAAGGCGCUGCAGAGCGUUGGGCAAAUCAUCGGCGAGGUGCUGAAGCAGCUCGAUGAGGAAAGAUUCAUCGUCAAGGCCUCGUCCGGCCCUCGCUACGUGGUUGGCUGCCGAUCAAAGGUCGACAAGGCCAAGAUGAAGCAGGGCACCCGUGUAGCGCUCGACAUGACGACACUCACAAUCAUGCGCAUGCUGCCUCGCGAGGUCGACCCGCUCGUAUACAAUAUGUCUUUGGAAGACCCUGGCCAGGUCAGCUUUGCUGGUAUCGGUGGUCUGAACGACCAGAUUCGCGAGCUAAGAGAGGUCAUCGAGUUGCCGCUGAAGAACCCGGAGCUUUUCCUGCGCGUCGGCAUCAAGCCACCCAAGGGUGUCUUGCUUUACGGCCCCCCCGGAACCGGAAAGACGUUGCUGGCGCGAGCGGUCGCGUGCAGCCUGGAGACCAAUUUCUUGAAGGUGGUCUCGUCUGCUAUUGUCGACAAGUAUAUCGGCGAGUCGGCGCGACUGAUUCGUGAAAUGUUUGGGUAUGCUAAGGAGCACGAGCCCUGCAUUAUCUUCAUGGACGAAAUCGAUGCCAUCGGCGGUCGACGAUUCUCCGAGGGUACCAGUGCGGACCGAGAAAUUCAAAGAACGCUGAUGGAACUACUCAAUCAGCUGGACGGUUUUGAUUACCUUGGCAAGACCAAGAUUAUCAUGGCCACCAACAGACCAGACACGCUGGACCCUGCGCUACUACGUGCUGGCCGUCUGGACCGCAAGCUUGAGAUUCCUUUGCCCAACGAGGUUGGCCGUUUGGAGAUUUUGAAGAUUCACGCGGCUGGUGUGGUUCUUGAUGGCGACAUUGACUUCGAGAGCGUGGUCAAGAUGAGCGACGGCCUGAACGGUGCCGAUUUGAGAAACGUGGUUACAGAGGCUGGUCUCUUUGCGAUCAAGGAUUACCGCGAGUCGAUUAAUCAGGACGACUUCAACAAGGCGGUGCGCAAGAUGGCUGAGGCCAAGAAGCUGGAAGGCAAGCUAGACUACCAGAAGCUGUAG